GUGUGUGUGAGAGAGAGAGAGAGAGAGAGAGAGAGAUGUUGUAGUGUUUAUAAGUUUUGUGUUGACCUUCGCACAGGAAACAACGAAUAAACAGAGACAAAAUGGUAUUAGUGUGGACCGAAUCCCGUUCCAAUGCCGCCAUACUUCUUGCCACGAUCAUCCUUGCAGUCCUUCCCCAGUCCCGCGCAACCUCCCCUCCUCAUAUCAUUUUCAUCGUCGCCGACGAUCUGGGCUGGGCCGACGUCGGGUGGAGAGAUCCUUCUAUGUACACCCCGAACCUGGACCGCCUGAGGGCAGAAGGUGUCGAGCUGACCAACUCCUAUGCACAACCGUCCUGCACCCCUUCAAGAGCUGCGUUCCUGACGGGUAUCUACCCUUUUCGUAUGGGCAUUGAAGAUUCUGUAUUUGUUGCUCCUGAGAACAUUUCCGUGCCGUUAGACAAGAAGAUGUUGCCGCAGAGUCUGAAGGAGGUCGGUUACGCCACUCACAUGGUGGGCAAGUGGCACCUGGGCUUCUGUCGCUGGGACAUGACACCCACACGAAGAGGGUUUGACACCUUCUACGGCAUGUACAACGGCUACGCCGACUACUUCUCCCACAUUGGACACAAAAACGGCUACGACCUGGUCUUCAACGACACACCGGUUUGGUCUGCAAAUGGCACCUACUCCACACAUUUGUUCACUCAGAGAACCAUCGACAUCCUUAGGACCCACGACCAAUCACAGCCUCUCUUCAUCUACCUGGCGUAUCAGGCCGUGCACUCCCCGCUCCAAGUGCCAGAGCACUACGUCAGCAAUUUCUGUUCUCACGUAGAUGCCAGAAACCACCGAAAGAAGCAUUGUGGGAUGGUGGCGGCUCUGGACGAGGGCAUCGGUAACAUCACGCGCGUGCUGGAAGAGCUGGGCUACAUGGACAACCUGCUCAUCGUCUUCACCUCGGACAACGGCGGGCCAGUACACACUGGCUCCAGCAACUGGCCGUUGAGAGGCUCUAAGCUGACUCUGUGGGAAGGAGGAACCAAAGUCACAAGUUUUCUGCACAGCAAGUCACUUCUGAGGGGCAAAACAUCGUUUAGUGGACUCAUCCACGGUGUUGACUGGUACCCAACUCUCGCACGGAUUGCCGGUACCAAGAAGCCCAUCAGACAGAUAGAUGGCAUUGACCUGUGGGACAGCAUUUCCAAUGAGGUCGACAGCCCACGGCAGGAGUUCGUGUACGAUAUCAAUGACAUCCAACAGAACGCCGCCAUCCGUUUUCAAAAUUACAAGCUCACCUGGAAAAAACCAGGCAGACCUGACGGAUGGUACAAUCCUCCACCCGGAGAGCAGGAACUGGAGUCUACUGAUAGAUUACAGGAGAAUUACCAGUUGUUUGACCUGGACAAGGAUCCAUGCGAAAAAAAUGAUGUCAGUGACAUAAAGAGCCAUGAGGUUCUGAUGCGCACGAUGAUCGCCAAGCUCAAGAAGUACAAACGCCAAGCCAUGGCCUCUCUUCAACCUGAUAAAGUAGAUGAGAGUGAGCCUGCGAACUGGAAUGGCGCCUGGACACCUGGGUGGUGCUGAACAAAACCAGUUCAUUCAUGCCUUCCAAAAGAUUACUUGGCUCCUUUAUCAAAUGCUUCUUAGCGAUAAAUUUAUGAUUGGAGUAUUACUCCUCUAGAGCCCAUGUAAUGUCUUCUAACCAUAUUCCUUCAGGGAGGUAAAUAUUCUGUACUAAAACUUCCUGUCAAACUUUUUUAAAAAAAAAAGGAGGCUGUAAGUGAAUGAAACUGUAAUGAAAACUGCUGGAAUGGCAUUUCAUUGAUUUACUGGUUUUUUUGUUGCAGAUCUUCACUCUGUCUAUUGUCAUGAUGCUUGUGAAGGAAUGACAUUAAAUUGGUCGAGUCUUGAAAGUGUCGGGUCUCUCUCUUAUUCACUCCCCUUCAUUUGGCUGCGGUUAUAUUUCUUUGCACAUAAGAUUAAAAAGAAUGUUCUUUUACUGGCUAACUGAUGUGAUUGUUACUACAACACUAAGAACAAAAUACACUCACAUUACAAGCGGUAACACCAUACUCCAUAACUAUGUACUGCUCUGCUUAAGAUGUAGCACUUUAAUUUCUUAAUAUAAAACAAAAAUGAAAGAUUUGUUUGACAUCAUUAUUUUCAAAUCUCCACAUCUUUUUAACCUUGUAGUAUUGAGUAAAGUGUAGGUAUUCAGAUAUCAACCUGAGAUAAUGCGUUUUUUCUUCCUUUUUUAUCUUAUCAUGGCCAGAUUCUAGUAAGACCCUCUUGGCGCCACUGACAAGUAAACUGUGGACAGAUGACACAGCUUCAGUGACCUACAUUAACCAGUACAUAUAAGAGCAAGGCACAUAUUUAAUGUUUAAAGUUACAG